AUGAACAAGCACCUGGCGCUCUGUUCCGUAGCCGUCGUGGUGUUCCUGGUCGCGUUCCUGGGGCAGGCCAGGUGCCAGCCGCCGCGCCCUGAAGUGGUCGGAUGGCUGAGCGGCGUCAUCCCGUUCCACAAGGACGCCAUCGCCACGUCGCUGGUGUGGAGAAGUGAGUCGAUGUGCCCCAAGCUGCUCAUGUGGAUGCGGCCCUCCGAGUACCGGCCUAGGGACUACAUCGCGCCCAGCAUGUUCGGUGAGGGCUUCCCCGGCUUCAACCCCGCCUUCGAGACUCUCGUGAUGGGCGGCUUCAAUCUCGGCAGGCUGGACGAGAGCGGCUGGUCGCCGUAUGGUCCGGACAACCUGCGCGAGAACACGCAGCUGGU